AUGUCCGAUACGGUUAUCGAUCUGGUAAAUGAUUCCGAAACGGAGGAUGUGAUUAUGAUCGAGGAUCAACCGGAAACGAGCGUGCCGAAGGUGGAACGGGAAUCUGCAGCGAUGGAAACGGCCGAGCCGGAAGUGACGGUCGGUGACGAUCAGGAUUCGGAUGAGGUAGAAUUUGUGCCGGUCAAUAUCCAAAUGUUGGCCGAGGAAAAGAAAAAUUCCGGCAAUGAUGAGUACAAAUCGAAACGGUAUGAAGCUGCCCUCCGGCUCUACUCGGAAGCGAUACACCUGAGUCCCGAAACGGCCGCUUACUAUGGCAACCGGUCCGCCUGCUACAUGAUGCUCGGUGACUAUCGGUCCGCGCUGAACGACGUGAAGACGGCCAUUAGCAUCGAUGAAAAGUACGAGAAGGGAUACAUCCGGAUGGCCAAAUGUUCUCUAAUGCUCGGUGACGUGAUCGGUACGGAGCAAGCAAUCCGAAAGUUUCUAACGCUGGAUCCAUCCAACACUGCACUAAGGGAGGAAAUAGCUAGCCUGAAGCAGUUGCGCGAUUUGAACGAGAAAGCGGCCAGCUGCUACGAUAAGCAGGACUAUCGCACCUGUCUGUAUCACUGCGAUAAUGCGAUUAAGAUUGCACCCGGCAGCAUACAGAACAAGCUGCUGAAGGCAGAAUGUUUAGCAAUGUUGGAGCGUUUUGAGGAGGCGUGCAACAUCGCGAUCGCGAUCAUGCAAUCGCACAGCACCAACGCGGAUGCAAUUUACGUCCGUGGGCUAACCUUCUACUACAGCGACAAUCUGGAGAAGGGUUUGCUACACUUCGAGCGAGCACUGAUGCUCGAUCCGGACCACAAAAAGGCAAAGGCGAUGCGUCAGAAGGCGAAACAACUUAAGGAAAAGAAGGAGUCCGGUAACGAGCAGUUCAAGGCGGGCAAGUACCGGGAAGCGUUGAACACGUACACCGAAGCGCUCGAGCAGGACCCACAGAAUAAGGACAUCAACAGCAAGCUCUACUACAACCGUUCACUGGUCAACUCGAAGCUCGGAAAUCUGCGCGAAGCCAUUACUGACUGUACCAGCGCCCUGACGCUGAAUGAAAAGUACAUGAAAGCACUACUACAGCGUGCCAAACUGCACUACAACAUGGAAAAUUUCGAGGAAGCGGUCAAAGAUUACGAGAAAGCGCUCAAGAACGAUCGUUCGUCGGAUGUGAAGAAUUUGCUGCGUGACGCCAAGUUUCAGCUGAAGAAGUCGAAGCGCAAGGAUUACUACAAGAUACUCGGCGUGACCAAGCAGGCGACGGAGGAUGAAAUUAAGAAGGCGUACCGCAAGCGUGCCCUCGUGCACCAUCCCGAUCGGCACGCCAACUCGACGGACGAGGAAAAGAAGGAGCAGGAGCGCAAGUUUAAGGAACUGGGCGAAGCGUACACGGUACUGUCCGAUCCGAUGAAGAAAUCGCGCUAUGACAGUGGACAUGAUCUGGAAGAGAUGAACCAUAGCGCUGACAUUGAUCCUCAGCAGAUCUACCGGCAGUUCUUUUUCCCGACCGACUACGGAUUCAGCAGUUUCCCGGGCGGUGGCGGUGGUAAUAGCUCCAACUUUUCGUUCCAUUUCGGUUAAG